GGUGGCUGUGCUCCAUUAAAGGUGGCUGCUAUGUUGCCGUUUGGUCAUUUACCCCAUCUAUUAUUUGGGGAUAGCGGCCUAGGCUAUGACAAACAGUAGCCUAGGGUAAUGUGGAUUUGUGUUAAAAUUCAUAUUAGAAUUCAAAGUCAGUUUAAAAUUUACAGUAUUAUUUGUGACUUGUCUUUGACAGAUAGCUGCAGACUUCACGCAUCAGUACGAAACCAAGGAACGAAGGCAGAUACCCACAAGCCUGGAACUCGCUCCAAACAUCGCGCCAAGAAGAAAACCUUUGUUGAUAUCAUUAGAGAGAGGGACGAUUCUUUGUUGGAAGGCAAAGCCAAGGUAACACGCCUUAAUCAGCAUUCCUUUGAUCAGACGAUGUCCAUCUUCUACAGCGCGUCUGUUUCUCUGCCGAAAGAAACAAGUUUUCGUGAGUCACCACCACCACCUGAUGCCUUUUCCCAUUUCUCAGGACACCUAGAAGAGGUUUCAUUUGACAAGUUUAAUAAUGUCUUGAGAGAGAAUUAUGAAAAGGAACUUUCAAGCAUUCUUGAUGUCAACGAGGCGAUGAAGUGGAAUAAUGGGCUAAUGCAUACGUAUGAUGCAAAUUUUGUGAUAAGUGAUAGUGUAAAGGUUGAUGGGGUAAGCGUGCCAGGUAACCUGUGGGAUAUUGACACAGUCAGGGAACUGUGUGGGCACGAAAUGCAGAACAGUAGCCAUGUUGACCUAGCAAGUGUGUCCUCCCCAUUGGCAGGCUUUGCUCACAUUAGUGAGACAGAUCCAGUGACAGACAAAAAAUCAGCUGACGUUAAAAACAAGAAAGGAGUGCCUGUGAAAACAAAGAAAAAGGUUGUUUCGACUAAAAAGAAGACUGUGUCAAAUUCAAAGGAAAGUUCUGGUACUGUUGAAGAACAAAAGAAAACUGUGGCCAAAAAGAAAUCGAUCAAGAAAGCAAAAAGUGAAUUGACUAAACAGCUGUUGGAACACGAAAGUAUUUCUGCUGGAAUAAAUAGCGGUCGGGUGGAUGAUGCCAUAUUGAAGGGAAUGAGUGAUGCUGUGGUUUUAGAUGAGAAGAGAUUAGCUUCGAAAGGUAAAGAGGUUGAAGCUGCUAGUGCAAGAAUUUUCAAGAAAAAAUUACACCAAGAAAAGCAGUUCAAAGAAAUCAUCAACAUUAAGCAGCAGUGCCGAGAGGUCUUGUUCAACCAGAGCUUAGAAGCUUAUUUAAGUGUUUGUGUCAAUAUUGGGUUGCUCAAUCGUGCUUUGCACACUUUACUGUACUAUCGUCAGAUGGGUAUCCAUGGCUCAGGGAAGAAGAUAAUCUCAGUGCAGCCUUAUAAUAUCUUACUCCAAGGGCUUGCAGAAAGAGGUAAUUAUGGCAAGAUGGAGGAACUUCGAAAUCUGCUAGAACAAGACAGGAUUCCAAUGACUGUGGAGAGUUUUUCACCAUUCCUCAACUACCUCGGCCGUCAGCCGUCGUCCCCUGCAAAUACCAAAAGUAUUCAGACCAUUCUUGAUGCCAUGGAAAAGGCAGGCAUGACACUUGACUUACUUUUCACGGAUGUGAUAUAUGUCAGCAGUGGAUAUGACAAUGUUCUCAGAGCUGUGCAUCGUGUACAUCCUAGAUUUUUGCCGACGAAGAAACAGGAAGUGUUUGAAUAUGAUUGUAAUCUUCUCAACAGUUUGAAUGACUCUUUGCAUACUAGUAAGGUCAGAUCACCACUUAGUGGUUUAGCUACGGAAAAGGAAAUGAACAAGUGGUUCGAAGAGCAAUUUUCUCGUGAAUUAGUAGGAGAAGUGACCAUUGCCAGCAUAGAAAAGAAGGAAGAAACUCCUGAUGUCAUCUUGUACAGAGAGAAAUUAACACGAUGGGAAGCCAAGUGGAGAGAAGCUCUGUACACAAACUUCACUGCGAAGGUGGACGCGAUGAAGAAGAAUUUUUCAAGCACUCGACGCAACAAGGAGAUGAACUUGUAUCCUUAUCUGGUGUGUCUCCCACCAGAGGAUUUUGUCAACAUUAUGAUGCAGGAGAUAAAUCACUUUGCUAGUGGUUCAGAAGCGUACUCCCUGUCAAGGUACAACCUUUACAGAGGAAUUGGCGAGAAAGUGUACCAGAAGUUCUUAAUCAACCACAAGAAGGGAAAUGGCAUUCUGAAUAAACUGAAAGUUAUUUAUAAAAAGUUUGGGCUGUGGAUGCUUGCUGACCAUCAUGGAGAUGGCGUUCCCUACAUGCCACGCAUCCAGUGGAAACAUUUGAUGCAAGAACAAAACACGUGCAAUCUCCAUCACACCGUAACGGAGUGGCCUAACAAUGUUCUGUUGGGUGUCGGCCAGUUCCUCUACUCCCUUCUCUUACGUCAUGUAAUGGUGUGGAAGCCCCUGCACUCGGAGAAGCAUGUCUACCCAGCUUUCUACGAGAUAGAUAGAUCGUACGAUUAUAAAGUGAUCGAGGAAAUCAAACCGGCUCCUAUACUUCUCGAAGUGUUUAGACGAGCUGCGAGGCCAACCUUGACUUUCCCUUCGUACGUGGGUCCAAUGGUGUCGCCCCCGGUUCCCUGGACCUCUUCCAAGUCUGGUGGAUAUUUGAUACACAGCAGCCACAUUGUAAGAUUGCCGUACAAUGCUCACCAGCAGAAACGUCGGAUAGAUGAGGCUGGGAAGGAACAGCUGUUUCCCGUAAUGGAUUCCCUCAACCAGUUGGGCUCUAUUCCUUGGCGAGUGAACAAGCCAAUGCUUGAUCUCAUUAUUGAGGUUUUCAACAACAAAGGCUGGGAAGAGAUGGACAUUCCCCCGCCAGUUACAGAAUGCCCGGUGCCACCCAAGAUCAAAUCUCACAUGAGCAGUGUGGAGAAGAAGCAGAUUCUUCGCCAGCGGCUCGAGUACAACAAGAAGAAGUCAGAGAUGUUCUCCCUCUGGUGUGAUGCCCUGUAUAAGUUGUCAUUUGCUAAUCAUUUCAGGGACAGAAUCAUCUGGUUUCCUCACAACAUGGAUUUCCGUGGCAGAGUUUAUCCUCUUCCGCCGCAUAUUAACCACAUGAGCUCAGAUGUUUUUCGUUCCCUACUGUACUUCGCCCGAGGUGAAAAACUAGGUUCCAGAGGUCUGUGGUGGUUGAAGCUGCAUCUCAUCAACUUGACUGGCUUUGUGAAGCGGGAGUCUGUGGAGGAUCGGCUGAAAUAUUGUGAAAAAAUGCUAGAUAACAUCAUGGAUUCUGCUGAUAACCCAUUAACCGGGAAAAAGUGGUGGACCAAGAGUGAUGAACCUUGGCAGACUCUGGCUGCUUGUAAAGAGCUAACAGCAGCUCUGCGUUGUGAAAAUCCUGAGGAGUAUGUGUGUCAUCUGCCAAUCCAUCAGGAUGGCUCAUGCAAUGGACUACAACAUUACGCAGCCUUGGGCCGAGAUGUAGCUGGUGCUGCAUCUGUUAAUUUGGCUCCCAGUGUUGUUCCUCAGGAUGUUUACUCAGCUGUAGCCGAGCUAGUGGAACUCGAGCGACUGAAAGAUGCUGCCUCAGGGAAUGAGAUAGCACAGAUGCUGGAAGGUUACGUCAAACGAAAAGUAAUCAAGCAGACUGUAAUGACCACCGUGUAUGGUGUUACAAGAUUUGGUGCGAGACUCCAAAUAGAAAGACAGUUGAAAGAUCUCGACUUCCCACCCAACCGUGUUUGGGCUGCAUCACAGUACCUAGUCCAGAAGACCUUCCAUAGUUUAGAGCAAAUGUUCACUUCUGCCAAAGAGAUUCAGGAUUGGUUUACUGAUCUUGCACGGAUGGUUUCCAAGACAUGUCGUCAGAACAUGGAAUGGGUGACGCCCUUAGGUUUUCCAGUGGUCCAACACUACACAGUUCCAUUGAGUGAGAAAUGCCCUACAGUGAAAAUGGGGAUGACUCUCAACAUAGAUUAUAUCAUGCAGCCAAACACAAUGAAGCAGAAGAAUGCAUUUCCUCCGAACUUCAUUCACUCGUUAGAUUCGUCCCAUAUGAUGCUCACCUCCAUUUACUCUCAGAAAGCAGAUUUCUCGUUUAUCUCUGUUCACGACUGCUUCUGGACACAUGCAUCCUCCGUUGAUGCAAUGAACAAAAUAUGUCGGGAGCAGUUUGUUGCUCUACAUAGUGAACCAAUUCUUGAAACUUUAUCCAGUGAUUUGAAGAAACGAUUCAGCUUUGAAUACAAAGACUUUGCUCAUGAUGGAUCAGCGAAAGACACAGCCAAAAUGAAGGUCAACACGCUGCUCAACAAAAUCCCAAGGAAAGGGAAUUUUGACAUCAGUGAUGUACUGAAAAGUACUUACUUCUUCAGUUGAGUUAAAACUGGAUAAUUUUUGGAAAAAUGCAGUUUUUCAGCCAUAACUUACUUAUGAAUGAAUGUUCCUCUACAUGAAAGCAGAGUGUAGAAUAUUGAUGGCAUUUUGUCCUAAAUAGGUUAAUUAGCAACUCAAAUGCCCAUUCUUGUUGAUUUGUCUUUCCAGUGAUGCAAUAAACUUGUCAAGUGGUGCUUUAUUUGUUGAAAAACAUGGGACCAACUUGUGUCCCCAAUUAGGACACGGACGAUGAAGUCUGUGUACCAAUGAAUUGUUUUCAUCAAUCUUUUUGCUGGCAUGGUUGUUCUCAUAAUGACUAUAUAUAGAGUAAUGUGGGGUAUACUUAAUAGUAACUUCAAUUUCUUGGGUUGCAGAAUAUUUUUCUAAAAGCAUAGCUGUUUAAUUAAACAUUAAGAUGACGCAAGAAAACUGAAAAAAACUUGAAAAGCGUUCAUAUAUGUACUAUCAGCUUAGCAUUAGGGCUUAAGCCAUUGUUAUGGUGUUCUAUGGGUUUGAUUUAAAAACCAUGAAUUUGUAAUUAGUUGUAAAUUUUGUUGAUAUGCAACCAUACCAGCCUCAACUCCUGUGAUAAUUUUUGCCAUAGUUUGGAUGAACUGACGUUUAGCAUUUUUUUCCCCAAUUCUGAGAAAAUGGGCUUAUAGUUGCAUCAUAUUUGAGGAAAUUUGGUUAAUUUUGGCACUACUGUUCUUGAGUUGUAGACAAUCAAUAGAAAAAAAAAUAGGUUAGCUAUUAAUUCUAAAAAAAUCUGAUGCAAAACUAUAACUAUGAAAUACAUCUCCCUGAAGUCAGAUACACCGCUUAGGUGCCACUUUCAAGAACUAGGGGAGGUGUUAUGAACAAUGAUGUUGAUAGACCAUAACAUUUGUUACAGAUUUCCUACCAUACAUUUAAUCUUUAAAUAUGCUAAUAACACUAACUGUCCCAUCAAGGACAUAGCAAUAAAGUAUCCUAUAGUGAAGUGGUACUAACAGUGACCCUUGUUUGGUGCACUGUCUGUGAACACUCCAGCUGCAUUGCCUUCUCUCUUAAGGAUAUCUCCUUCCCAUUGGGGUGUCUUUUUCCACUUGGCUGUCCAAAUUCUGCUUCACUUUGGUUCAGUUUUCACCUCCCACGAGAAAAGAUUCUUCUAACAAGCCUUGUUUAAUAAAGAAUAAAAUGGUGUGACUGUGGUCAUAUUCAGCUACAGGUACUUAAUAAUAAUAAUAAUAAUAAUACAGUAUUAAGAUGCAGUUAAACUUUGGAAUAAUAAUAAUACAGUAUUAAGAUGCAACUAAACUUUGGAACCUAUGCUGAAUGCUAAAUUUGUUUUCCAAAGUAUUUCAAUGCCUGUAAAUGAAUAGUGUAGGGAUACAGAAAAUUUUCCUGCUAUUCACAGGUCAGAAAUUAUUCAAAGUUAAACUACAAAACCCAUUUUCAUAAUACAAAGUAGAGCAUAAAUAUUUAAUUUUAUUGAGCAGCUUUUCUAUUUUGAAAUGAGAUAAGGGAUUCUGUAUUAUUUCACAGAACUAAUCCUAGCCAGUCAAUGUAGUAUAAACAUUUAAGUUUGCUUAGUGGAGGGAUUUAUACAUUUUUACAUAGCUGAGCAUGAGUUUGUAUAAAUAUUAAUAUUAAAGUUUGCUCAGUCAAGUAAUGCCUUAUUCAUGACCAGAUUGUUAUAAAAUAUUUUGGUUUAAUUAAUCUAGUCGCUGUUAGCAAAUGCAAUUUUGAUGGGUAUAUAUUUUUCCCUGUAGGACUGAAGUUAUACAUUUCAUUAAAUCAUGAGAAAUUACUUAUUUGUAAAUACUGUAAAUUUAUAUCAUACUGUAUUUGUUUGUCUGUAAAUAAUAAACCUAUUUUUUUAAUAAAGAUAUGAAAUUA